ACCUCCAAAAGUCUGAGCCGGGCGGUGAUCAUGCACCAACAAAGUUCUCAAUUGCAGAGAAGCAGGGGGAUAGAGGGGCAUUAUCCAAGGCGACCGAUGGUGGUGUUCCGGACAAGGAGGAAAGUGUGACUGGCGGAUAUUUCCAGUACGGGAAACCCGGGUCCGGCCGUGAGAAGAGGACCCUACAAACUGUCAAGACACAUUUCUUUGUUGGCACCGAGGACGGGGAGGUGGUCUAUGUUGACUGGAUGCCACAGAAGGAUCAGGACACAGGCAAGAUCCAAACGCCAAAACCAGAUUUCUAUCACACCAUGCAUGACGGGCCCAUCAUGACGGUCCAGCGAUCCCCAUUUUUCAUGGAUAUCCUCCUUGUGGUUGGCGGUUGGAACUUCACAAUCUGGAAAGAGGCUGUUGUUAUCGACAAGAAUAACCCAAGCUCUGCUGAAUCGCUGAAAACUUUGAACGUUGCUGAAAACGAUGCAUUGAAGUCAGGACCGAUCCUCCAGUCCGCCCCAAACCCAAUCCGAAUGACGUCCGGGUUUUGGUCCCCCUCCCGUCCGGGAGUGUUCUACAUCUCUAAGGUGGAUGGCAGCGUCGACGUCUGGGACUUACUGGACAAGACCCAUGAAUCCUCCAUCACCCAGAGUGUGUCCCCAUCAGCAAUCACAAAGAUUUACCCGCACGCAGUGUCUCACAAGCAGCACCUGUUGGCUGUGGGUGACAGUUCCGGUACCCUGCAUAUCCUGGAGAUACCCUGGAGCCUGCGCCUGCCUGCACCCAAUGAGGUGACUGGGGUAGCCAACUACUUUGAGCGGGAAGUGAAGAGGCGAGGCUUCGUGGUGCAGAGGUGGGACUUCCGAGAGCAUGAGAAGCGAGAACUUGAGGCUGAGGCCAAAAAGAAGGCUGGGGAUGUAAGACAGGUUAGACCAACUUUGAUUGCGCCAAAUGUGCUGCUGACAGACGAGGAGAUUGAGUACCGCUUGAAGCUUGAGUACCAGACCUAUAUGGAGGCGGAGGGGAAUUUCUUGCGAGAGCUUGGGAUCACCAAGGAGGAGGAACCUCUGCCCCAGACGUAGACCGGGUGUGUUUUAUAAGUGGUUAAAUUUGAGAGCGAUGAAGGGAGGGCGACGGGGGUUAUUAUGCAUUUUUUAAAUUUUGUAUACUCAUGGCUAAAGUUCUUUCACACAAAUGGACAAGAAUAUGUUUCAGAAUUUUUAGUUCAGUACUUGCUCUGGCAUGGAAAACCUGGACUUCAUUCUGACGUUUAUCUUCAAGUAUGGUAAAAAUGUAUGUAUUUGAGCAGCACUCUGUGAUAACCAGCCUUACUGCAUGUGAGUUAAAGUGUCUUAACUCUCUGCUUUUAUGGAUUUUUCCGUUUACAGGAAUAUGCUUCUUAAUGCAAAUCCAGUCUAGGCUGCAAGUGGUGUCCCUGAUUAGUCUGUGCCCACUGCACAGAUUUAUAUGGAUAGACUCUUUACCCACUUGCAUUGAGGCUGUAUUUUUCCAUAGAGCAGCUCACAUACAGUACAAUAAUUCGAUGUCAGAUACUAUAUUAUAAUGAGCAACUCCAGAUGUUUAGCCCUGUCAAUCAUAACCAACAUGUUUUUGUUCCGACAAAUAAACAAAAUAGUUUGACAUUUGCUUCUAAAAAUCAACACUUUCUAUUGUGUGUUAUACAACUUUUGUUGAGUGUAUAAUUUAGAUACAUUUGAACUAUCUCAGAAUUUUGUGAAAGCACCAACUGCCAUGGUUUAAAACUAGUUAGACUUGUAACGCAAAUUGUUUAACUUGUAUUCACCAUUUUGGUAUACAUAUGUGAUUCAACAUUGUCACAUACAUUUGCGCUUGUUUUUUUUUAUAUAAAUAAACUAAAAUAGAAAAAAAGAAAGACAAUAUGGUGUUUAUGUUGCAUUGUUCUUUGAAACCUGAUUUGACAUAUUAAAAUUACACAAUUUGCAUGUCAUUGUAUGUGAUAUAAUUUCAAGUUGUACAUGUACAUGUUACUGUGUUUUAUUUGCUGACAUUAUAAAGACUCAUGUAUGUACAUUUAAUUAUCUCGCUACCAGAUCUAUAUUGAUUGAUGUUUGCAUUUUGUUAAUGGAAUGGUUAUAUUAAUUAGUUUGUGAUAAAUUAUUUAUUAAUCAUACUGAUAAACUAUUUGUAUUAUUUUUCAAAACUGAUCAAUAAAAAUUUGCAAUGGAAUAUAA